AUGAAGUUCGAUCUGUUUGGUGUUGCCAUUUUCAUCAGUUUUAUUCUUCAUAUUCGAACAGAAGAAGACAUUGAUCCAAAUGGUUAUAUCAUUUUUUGUUUAUGUAUGGGUCGAUUUGGUAAUCAAGCAGAACAUUUUCUGGGAGGCUUGGCAUUUGCUAAAUCAAUCAAUCGAACGUUAAUUGUGCCACCUUGGCGUACGUAUAAAAAUAUUCCAUAUUCUGAGUGGUUUCAAAUUGAAUCUCUUCGUGCAUAUCAUCGCGUCGUUGAUGCGGAAGAUUUUAUGAAAAAUUUGGCACCAAAAGUAUGGCCACCUGAAUCUCGUAUUGGAUUUUGCUGGUUAUCGGCGGAUCGACCGAAAUCGGAAUGUCAAAUGAAGGAAGGCAAUCCAUUUGGUGCCUUUUGGAACGAGUUAAACGUCAGCUUUACUGAUACGGCUACCUAUCAACUUGGCUAUGACGAAUAUUCAACUGAACAAUGGCAUCGGUUAUUUCCUGCAGAUAAAUAUCCUGUUUUAGCUUUGAAAGGAGCACCGGCAUCGUUUCCCAUGUUAGCUGAACAUCGUCACUUACAAAAAUAUAUGACUUGGUCAGAUCGAAUCCUCAACGAAGUUCGACAUAACCAAAAGACAUUGUUCAACAAUGAACCGUAUAUUGGAAUUCAUCUACGGAAUGAUAUCGAUUGGAAAAAUUCUUGUAAAGAUGUUGAAUCGUACAAGACGCGUUCCUACAUGGCUUCACCUCAAUGUUUUGAUUUACCAUCGUCAACACAAACUUAUGUUACUCAUAAGAUUUGUUAUCCUUCCGACGACGAAAUUCUUCGUUUAUUGAAAAAUGUCGUCCUUCGUACACGUAUACAUAACAUUUAUGUAGCUACGGACAAAAGACCUAUGAUCAACGAAAUCGAAGAGUACCUCGCAGCACAACGAGUAAAAGUUAAACAUCUCGAUCCAUGGUUACCUGUCAUGGAUGUAGCUAUGUUAGCUCACGCGGAUUAUUUCAUCGGUAAUUGUGUGUCAUCAUUUACGUCAGCAGUGAAACGAGCUAGAGAUGUGCAUGAUUUACCAAGUUCUUUUUGGGGAUUUAGCAAUUAA